AUGCAAAUAAAUGCACUAAACUAUAUAACAAUUAUGGAGCCUGCAGGAAAAUUGAGUCGUUUAGCAGCUUUAGAAAGAAAAAUCAAAGUAACUCAGCGUAUGGAACGACGUGAAAUAUCUUCAGUAGAAACUGCCAAUCGUUUGCGUGAUAUUAAUGAAAAAAAAGGAAUGGAAAUGAUUGGAUUAGCCAAUAAAAUUUCUAAUUGGGCAAUGGAGGAAAUAGAUAAAGAUAGCGAAAAUGAAAUGUUACCUGAAAUUUUACAAAAUGAAUUAUCACAGUUAAAAUCAAUUUCUGAUACUUUGACUAGUCAUAAUCAUCAGCUUAAUACCCAAAAAAAAGAGAUGAUUGUAAAAGAAGAGAAUCUUAAUGAAUUAAUUAAGGAAAGAUUUGAAGUUAGAGAAAAGUUAAAGAGUGAAGUUGAGGAAAAAACUAUUGCUUUUAAUUUUGUCAAAGAAAAAUUAGAUCUACUUGAUGCUCAUAAAGGUCGUAUGCGUGAACUUCACAACAGGCUUCUUGCAAAUGUUCAAAAAUUUGUACAUACUAUUGAUAUUUAA